UUUUUAUUUUCUUCAAUUCAAUUCUUCAACGCAAGUCAUUUUUUAGUUUCUCCCACACUGAGUCAUUCCAUCAUUUUUCAAUGUUCAAUCACAUAACCUAUCUUAUACCUAGUUAUACCUAGUUAUACCUACCUAGGGUAGUAUAUCUAGCUCAACUAUACAUAGAUAGAGUAGCAUGGACUCUUCUACUCACAAGCAAGCACCGGACUGGUCGCCAUCGUCGUGGCGUCCUAAAGACAACAAGCAUGCUGCCGUGUACGCAGAUCCUCGAGCCCUUAAACGUGCCACUGACGAGCUAAACCAGCUCCCUCCUAUUGUCCAUCCUCGUGAGAUUGCGCAACUCAAGGCAAACUUGCGAGAUGUCGCCCGUGGUGAAGCUUUCCUCUUGCAAGGAGGUGAUUGCGCUGAAUUGUUUGACUACUGCCGUGCCGAUGCCAUCGAAUCAAAGAUCAAGCUGCUUCUGCAGAUGAGCCUUGUCCUCAUAUGGGGAGCUGACAAGCGUGUCGUCCGCAUUGGCCGCAUGGCGGGGCAGUAUGCCAAGCCGAGAUCCAGCCCGACUGAGAAGGUUGUGGAUGAGGAUGGAGUAACCAAGGAGGUCCCCUCAUUCCGUGGUGAUAUCUUGAACGGUUACCGUCUUGAAGACCGUGAACUUGACCCUCAGCGACUUGUCAAGGCUUACCAUCACUCAGCAGCCACGCUCAACUAUGUACGAGCAGCCAUCGCGUCUGGAAUCGCAGACCUUCACCAGCCUCUUAACUGGAGUCUAGGCCAUGUCAAGGAUCCUGAGCUUAAAGCCAAGUACACCGAAGCCGUGCGCUUCCUUCACGACAUGUUGCGCUUCAUGCACACUAUCGGCGCCGACCGCAGUCCCAAGCUCGACACCGUGGACUUGUACACCAGCCACGAGGGCCUCCUACUCGAAUAUGAAGAAAGCCUCACUCGUCUAAUGGAGAAGCCUGUCCUCCCCGGAGACAGCGAGAGCAUCGCUGCCAAUGGGCCAGCAGCACCCACCAAGCCCCAGAAGGAGUACUACAAUACCUCAGCCCACUUCCUCUGGAUCGGCGACCGCACACGCCAGGUCAACGGCGCCCACGUCGAGUUCUUCCGCGGCAUCGCCAACCCCAUCGGCAUCAAAGUCGGGCCCACGACCCCAACCUCCGAUAUUCUAGAGCUUUUGCACACGCUCAACCCCUCGCGCGAAGUCGGCAAGAUCACCCUGAUCACCCGCUUCGGCGCCUCCCGCGUGCGCGAGCUCCUGCCCGCCCAUAUCCGCGCCGUCGAAGGGUCCGCGUAUAAGGGGUGCUGCAUCUGGCAGUGCGACCCGAUGCACGGCAACACGCGCUCGACGGCGACCAACAUCAAGACGCGCCGCUUCGGCGACAUCUUCGACGAGCUCAAGGAGACGAUCGCCGUGCACCGCGAAGAGGGCAGCUACCUCGGCGGCGUGCACCUCGAGCUCACCGGCGACGCCGUGACGGAGUGUGUGGGUGGUAGUGAAGGGCUCGUGGAGGACGACCUCUCGACUAACUACACCAGCUUCUGCGACCCAAGACUCAAUGAGAAGCAGGCCCUUGAGCUCACUUUCUUGAUCGCUGAUAGCUUCCGUCAGGAGAGGAAGGAUCUUAACCACCAUUAAGUGGUCUUUAAGUCACGCAGGUCACUCCAGUUGUGCUGUCAAGAAUCAAGAAGAUUGUAAAAGGGGGGAAGUUAUGGAUAUGGAAAUCGAUGUGAAUUCCACCCCCCACGUGAACGCAAAAGGAUGCAUGCAAGCCUCUUUGUGCAGUGAACCCAACACCCAACUUAGUCGUACCUACUCCUCCAACAUUACUACUAUGAUACGACACGUGUUUCUCUUACCGUUUCUCAUCUUUCAUUUUUUUUCCAUCUAUGAUCGUUACCCAUACUUUUCUUUCUUUCGACAACGGCAUUUAAUUCGAGCCAACACGCAUGCCACAGAGAAAGAAUACGAACGAAACGAACGAACAAAUGGCCGGAAAGGAAAAUUGAAGAAUGAACACCAAGGAAAUAAUGAUAUGAUACGAAAUCCUCCGAAACGGAAAAGAAGACGAAAACAGAAACCCCCCCCUUUUCAAGGGACACAAAAAAGAACCAAUACACACACCCACACGCACAGAGUAUCCUUACCCAAAUCAAAUGAAAGCAAUGAAGCAAAAUUAGGUUGUAUAUACCAUACCCAUACCGAAAAAAAAAUUCACAGUUGGCGGGCGGAGUGGAUAGACAAAAGUUAAGGGGGCAUUAGGGGCAUGUUAAUGGUAAUGAAAUGUGGCGGGUGAGGAAAAUAGGGGGGUCGGGGG